UCCCGCAAACGUCAACAGUGAAACAUUCGUUUGGAGAGAAAUAGAAAAGCGCCUCCCGUUUUACCCGUUUUACACGCGAGAGACUGCGAGAGAGUGCAUGCGAGAGUGGUGAGAGGCGAGAUAGUACACAGCCGGUCAGACCGGCAGUACAGUCGCAGUCAGUCGCGAAUCGUCUUCGCCCGUGUCGUGUGUGUGGAACUGUGGACGUUUUCUAACCUAGUUCACGCUAACCGGUCGUGCAACGCCUUUUUAUGCCGGUACAAAAGAUAAAAUACGACAAAUUUUUUAAAGACUUCUUUCUGGACUCGUUUAAAACAUCAGCAUUGGACGAAUGAGCGACUUUCAGAACCGACAGAAUCGCUUGGCACAGCGAGGGCGGAAAUCCUCAUCGAUCUGGAAGAAGUUGGUCGUGCACGGAGUGUGACUGGGACACCGAAAGAGGAAGGAAAGUCGACAAAGAGUAAAGAGCUUCUCGGCAGUGACAGAAUGUCGUUCACAAAUCGAUUCCCAUCUUCCCAACACACACGAUACCGUAGUAGCUGGGGGCCCUCGUCGGUCUCGGUUUUCAAUAGGGUUGAUGUUCCAAGGCCGUCAGCCGAAGAGGAGGAAUAUGCAGACUUUUAUCACGAACGCUUGCACUCAGCUCAAAGUCGGCAGCUGAUACCCCUUCAGGAGGAUCUCGCUGACUGGAUCAACAAAACCAUCAGUGUGGAUCACGUAACAGGAGAGAAUUUUUUUGAUGCAUUGGACAAUGGAGCCGUGGUGUGUCGCUUGGCGAGAGUAAUUCAGGAAAAGGCCAGAUCAGCUAUUGACUCGGGAAGAGCAAAAGGGCCGGUACCAGUAAUAAGAGGACGGUGCUGGGAAAAUGCUGCCAGGCGAAGUUUUUUUUCACGUGAUAAUAUGGAAAAUUUCAUACAAUUUUGCCGACGACUUGGAGUUCAUGAAAACCUUCUAUUUGAAAGUGAUGAUUUAGUUUUACACGGACAACCCCGAAAUGUGAUUCUAUGCCUCCUGGAAGUGUCGCGAUUGGCGGCGCAAUUCUCCGUGGAACCGCCGGGUUUGGUGCAGCUCGAGAGAGAAAUCGCUGCCGAACAGGAGCGAGACCUUCACUGUCUGUCGGACAGUGGCAUUUCCCACAGUAGCUUAGUCUCCUGGCAGUUCCAGUCCCCAUCGCCGACGGCGUCGCCGAGGCCCCAACCGGAGAAAAUGAAGCACAGCAGCUCGGCCAAUGAAAUGAGCACGACAACGCCGCACUGGUUGGACCCCGCAGCGGAAACAAAUCACGAGUCGGAAAUGAGAAGAUCUGUCAGCGACAAUGGACCGACCGGAAGCGACGGAGUUCCCAGUGACACGACGGAAGACGAUUGGUCACGAGGCAGCGCGGAGGACCCGGACGAAGUUCCAUCGCCCUCGAGUUCUCCGCCUCCGUCGCCUGCCGAACCUCCGGAGCACACGGGACCAAUCACAGAACUCGACCGCAAAGUGAGAAGAGCGACCGAGGCCGUUCAAAGGCUUUGCCAAUGUCCUUCGAAUAAGUGCUCGAAACUAAAGGUCCGAAAAGUUGGGGAAGGUCGAUAUCAUAUAGCUGGACGUAAUGUUUUCAUCAGACUUCUGAAGGGAAGACACAUGAUGGUGAGAGUGGGCGGAGGGUGGGACACCCUGGAGCACUUCUUGGCGAGGCACGACCCCUGUCAGGUGAGGGUUCUCAGCCGUGAAAGCACCCCACCCCCUCACAACAACAACAACAACAAUAAGCACAGCAACAAUUUUCUCCACAUUCGAGCCAAGUAUCGUAGCACGCCGACUGACAAUCACCGUGCCUAAUCCGCAUUACCACCCAUGCAAAAAAUCGAGCUUCUCCAUUCCCUCCACCCAUCCUCCUUACAAUUAAACUCUAACGAAUUUUCUUAUUCAAGACAAUUUUCAUUCAGCACUCUACGUAAUUACAAAGUACGUACGUCAAAUAUCACUUUCUUUACAGUUUCCUAACUUUCAAGAUGGUAAUUUAACUUUAAAAUUGCUAAAACUUUUCUUCGUUAAAAUUAAAUUUUGUUGGUUCUUUGUUUUUAUUAUUAAUUAAUUUAUUUAUUAAUCACUGGUUGAGGUAUUGAUAUUUGCAAAUAAAACUAUUUAAUCAAACUUGUGCCAAGUGACAUAAAAACAGUAGAAGAAAAAUCUCUGUGUUUGCACUUUUCUUGACGUUUUGAAAUUAUUUAAAAAAAAGUUUUAAACUGAAAAACUUUUCUUUAAAUAUAUUACAAACGUCAACUUUAAUCUGGGCAUAUUUUGUCAUAUCAACUGCAUAUUAUAUUCAUUAAAAUUAUGCAAAAUAUUUCGAACAUUAAAGACUAGAUUUUCCAAUACCUCGAUCGAUGAUAUACUAAAAUGUCACAUUGACUUUGUUUUGUGACUAAAUUUUUAUCAAAAUUUGUUAAAUUGCAAAUUCAAUUUAAAAAAUUGUAAAUAUAAAAGACUUAUUAUAAGUCGUAGAGAAUAUUUUUGUUUCAUUUUUUUUGUGAAGGGAAAAUUUAUUAUUUUUCAAGUUUCAAUUAUUUCCUGAAUUGUAAACCUUUGAUUGUAAAUUUUCAUGUGUUUUGAAAACAUUUUUGUUUUCAUUUGAAACUAACAAACAUAUAUUCACCUACAUCGUUGAUUGUACAAAUUUUCUUAUAUUUGUAUUUUUCAUUAUAAUAUUCUACAUUUUAUGUGUAUUAAUGUAUAUUUAUCUCACAUUUCACGCCUAAAUCACAACAAUAUAGAGGUAAAGUUGAGGUUUAACGAAAUAAAAAAAAAAUAGUGGUUAAAACAUUUUUCUCAUAAAAGUAACCACUGUUUUGUUUAUAGGUACAUAUUUAACUUUAGAAAAAGAACCAAAAUAAUACGUGAUGCCUUUGUGUUUAUUGAAUUUAAAUUUGCUAUGAUUAAUUAGUAAAAUUUAAAGUAGAAAUCUAAUAAAUUAUUUAAACUUUAGUUGAAUCACGUACAUAUUUUUUGAAAUAGUGAGACCAAUGCACGGAAUAUAAAGACAUAGUUGGUUCUAUAGAUUUAAGAAAGCAAUGACCAAACUUCGAUGUUGCCUUAUUCUUAAGUACUCCAGAUCACGAGUCAAACAAGUCUAAAACAGGAAAUGUGCAUUUUUUCCAUUUUCACUAUAAAGCCAAUGCAUAGGAUUUUUUAAUAAACUUUUCACUUAAAUGAUUGAAAAAAAGUGCAAUUACAAUCUCAGGAAUAAUAAAUUCUCAAAGUAUUCUUAAUCACAUAUAACUUUUUUUCUUGUAUUUUUAAAACUUUUUCAAUUUAAAUUACAUUAGAUUCCUCCAUAUAAUAUUAUUGUGAUAAAAACAUUCCUUUUGAUAUUUGGUCAUUGCUGAUACUAAUACAGAAUCAAUUUUUAUAUAUUAUCUAAUCCGCAGAACAGAAUCACUUAUAAGCGCAUAUUAAUUAUUAAUUAUUAGUGUAGAUAUUAAAAAUCAGGGUUGAUUUAUUCCAGAAUUUAUUUAAAAUAAAUUAUUCAUUUAAAAACAGUUGAUAAUAAUUGAUAAUUUAUUAUCAAUUCGAAAAUGUUAAAUUUUCUCCAACAUUUUUUAUGGUAUAAAACAUGUAAAUUUAUUUAUAAAACAUGAAAGCGAAGAUUAUGAAAAAUCUUAUUUUGUUCCCACUGAAAUUUCGAAAUUUGAAGAAACUCGAUAAAAUAAAGAAGCAUUUUCUUUAUAUAUUUUAGUGAAUUCUGUUGCAAGUGAACGAUCCUGAUACUGCACUUUUGACACUAAAGUAAAAAUAAUAUCACACACAGGUAUUCGGCUGGCACUCAAAAACGCUUAGCUUGUAAUCGUAUAUAUUUUACAACUGUAUAUCUUUUGUACUUUUAUACACGUAAAUUUAGAUAUUAAUGGAAGGCGAUUGAAAAAAUGUGUAAGAAUAAUUCGAUUUCCAGAAAUGCAAGAGCACUUUGUGUAAAGGAAUACCAAAGCAAAGAAUAGCGCGACAGAUUUUGUCGGCACGUUGAUGAGGCAAUACUUUCUCGAGAAGAAAAAUCCAUGUAAUUGGCUUCAUUGUAUAUUAUUAGGUAUUAUCAUCGUUAUUACUAUUUACUGCCUCUACACUCUGUAUAUUAUAAAUUAUAAUUUUGUCACGGGUGAUCAUUAUGUUCUGGACCUUUUAAAACAAUUAUUUGAAAAAUAUUUUUUCUUUAUGGAACAGAAUGAUAUCACCCUGUAUAUUAUUUACCUAAUGUAAGAAAUGUAUUUAUUAUAAAUAUUUAAAUCCUCUCUAUUGUAAACUGAGGAAAUUAGUUAAUUUUUCAAGAAAAAAAUGUUUUGGUUCUAAUUGCCAUAAGAUUUGACUUCGAGUCAUAUUAUUAAUGUUGUUUAUUAUUAGAUUUUUGUUUUGCUUUCUAUUAAAUCGUGGAGAAUUCAUUCAUUAGCUUAGAGUAUAAAAAUUGAAUUUGCUUUUUAAAAAAAGAAUAUUUUCUCUUCAAUUUCGUUGAAUACAGAAGAAAAAGAAAUUCAAAGUAAACUAAUUAUUAUUAAACUUAAAUAUUGAUCAAUAUUUAAUUAAAAUUGAAAGUUCUCUUUCUGAAAUGCAUUUUCUAAUUGAAUUUGCUAAUUGGUGGAUUCACCUUAAAUGACAUUCGCCAUUACGAAAAUAAAUUGUUUCUGUUGGUAGCAAUAACUUUGUACCUGCUUUACUUAUUUGCGACGUUUUUAGUAUUAUCGAUCAUUUUGUAUUUAGCGAGAAUAUCGUAAUUUAAUACAUUCCGUUAACAUUUCACUUAUAGAAUGUUAAAAUAAAAUAACUUUUUUUGAAUGCGAAAACUUUUGGAAAACAUUAAAAUUGUUCCUCUUUUUUGAAAAAGUGUUGAAAUGCAGAUUUCUACGAUUCUCAAUUUUCCAAUCUUCCAGUUUCAACGGGUGAUCGCAAUGUAGUUGUAUAAUAUAAUCGUAAGAAACUUAAAUUGUUACCUUUUGUUAUAUAAUAAAUAUUUGCAUCUUAA